GUCCUCCUUCCUUUCGAAACCCCAGCGGACUCUCUCGCCUCUCUCCGCUCCUCUUCUUCUCCUCAAAGUCUCGAUCCAGAUCCAAGCAAUGGCGGGAAAAGGCGAGGGUCCAGCUAUAGGUAUUGAUCUCGGCACCACUUACUCCUGCGUCGGAGUAUGGCAACACGAUCGAGUGGAGAUCAUCGCCAACGAUCAGGGGAACAGGACGACGCCGUCGUACGUAGGGUUCACCGAUUCCGAGAGGUUGAUCGGCGACGCGGCCAAGAAUCAGGUCGCCAUGAACCCGAUCAACACUGUUUUCGAUGCAAAGCGUUUGAUCGGGAGGCGUUUCAGUGAUGCCUCUGUUCAGAGCGAUAUCAAAUUGUGGCCCUUCAAGGUCAUUCCUGGCCCUGGUGACAAGCCCAUGAUUGUCGUUCAGUACAAGGGGGAGGAGAAGCAGUUUGCUGCUGAGGAGAUUUCUUCAAUGGUUUUGAUUAAGAUGAGGGAAAUCGCUGAGGCUUACCUUGGUUUGACUAUUAAGAACGCUGUGGUAACAGUUCCUGCUUACUUCAACGACUCUCAACGCCAAGCCACCAAGGACGCCGGUGUCAUUGCAGGACUAAACGUCAUGAGGAUCAUCAAUGAGCCGACUGCUGCUGCCAUUGCCUAUGGUCUUGACAAGAAGGCAACCAGUGUCGGUGAGAAGAAUGUACUCAUCUUUGACCUCGGCGGUGGUACCUUUGAUGUCUCUCUUCUCACCAUCGAAGAGGGAAUCUUCGAGGUCAAGGCUACUGCUGGAGACACCCAUCUCGGAGGAGAAGACUUUGACAAUAGAAUGGUAAACCACUUUGUUCAGGAGUUCAAGAGGAAGAACAAGAAGGAUAUCACGGGCAACCCCAGAGCUCUCAGGAGGUUGAGGACAGCUUGUGAGAGGGCGAAGAGGACCCUCUCCUCCACCGCCCAAACCACAAUCGAGAUUGAUUCUCUCUACGAGGGUAUAGAUUUCUACUCGACAAUCACAAGGGCCAGGUUUGAGGAGCUCAACAUGGAUCUCUUCAGAAAGUGCAUGGAGCCGGUCGAAAAAUGCUUGAGGGAUGCCAAGAUGGACAAGAGCACUGUCCACGAUGUCGUCCUCGUUGGUGGCUCUACUAGAAUUCCCAAGGUUCAACAGCUGCUGCAGGACUUCUUCAAUGGCAAGGAGCUCUGCAAGAGCAUCAACCCUGAUGAAGCUGUUGCCUAUGGUGCUGCCGUCCAAGCCGCCAUCUUGAGUGGUGAAGGUAACGAGAAGGUCCAAGAUUUGUUGCUUUUGGAUGUUACUCCUUUGUCUCUUGGUUUGGAAACCGCUGGUGGAGUGAUGACUGUGUUGAUUCCAAGAAACACAACUAUUCCAACAAAGAAAGAGCAAGUUUUCUCGACUUACUCGGACAACCAACCUGGAGUACUGAUCCAAGUUUAUGAAGGAGAGAGGACGAGGACAAGAGAUAACAACUUGCUCGGCAAGUUUGAGCUCUCGGGCAUCCCUCCAGCUCCUCGGGGAGUCCCUCAGAUUACUGUCUGCUUUGAUAUCGAUGCCAAUGGCAUUCUAAAUGUCUCAGCAGAGGACAAGACAACAGGACAAAAGAACAAGAUCACCAUCACAAACGACAAGGGGCGAUUAAGCAAAGAUGAAAUUGAGAAAAUGGUGCAAGAGGCGGAGAAGUACAAGUCCGAGGACGAGGAGCACAAGAAGAAGGUGGAGGCCAAGAAUGCACUUGAGAACUACGCUUAUAACAUGAGGAACACAGUCAAGGAUGAGAAGAUCGCUUCCAAGUUGGCUGCGGACGAUAAGAAGAGGAUUGAGGAUUCGAUCGACGAGGCCAUCAAUUGGCUUGACGCGAAUCAGUUGGGAGAGGCUGACGAGUUCGAGGACAAGAUGAAGGAGCUCGAGGGAAUCUGCAACCCCAUUAUCGCCAAGAUGUAUCAGGGAGCUGGUGCUGAUAUGGGGGCUGGUAUGGAUGAGGAUGGUCCUGCUCCUGCUGGUGGCAGCGGUGCUGGGCCUAAGAUCGAGGAGGUCGACUAAGUUUUCUCUAAUUUGCUGGGUUCUACUGAAGUUAUAUCAUGAACUUAAAAUUUGGGAUUGGUACAUUUUGUUCUGGUUUUGGCCAUCUUAUAUUGGUCAUAUAUUUUGCUGUGGAAAUGCUUUUGCAUUCGGUACUUCAAAUUUUAUAAGCUCUUAUUGUAGGUGAAACUUUUAUUAGAUUUUAUGCUCUAAAUAGCAAGUGAAACUUUUAUCUAGCUUGUCUUCA